GGGCAGCGCAGCCCAGCCCCGGGGCAGCCGCCCCGCAGGCACCGCGGAAGGGAUGAUCCGAGCGGCGCUCGGUUGGGCUCGCAGCUGAACGCGCCUCCAUCCCUCCCUCCCUCCUCUUCUCCCUCCCUCUUUUUCUCUCUCUCUCUCUCGGCUCUCCUCCUCCCUAACUCACUGGAUAUUACCAGCCGCCGGGCUCGCCGCCGCCUCUCCCCCAGCCAUGAAUCCCGCCGAAGGGGCGGCGGAGGAAGGCGCUGUCCCUGACUCCGAGGUGGAUGCUUUCUUCCGAACAGGCUCUUUUCGAAAUGAUGGUUUAAAAGCUGCUGAUGUGCUUCCUAUACUGAAGGAGAAAGUGGCCUUUGUGUCAGGUGGCCGUGAUAAACGAGGUGGUCCCGUCCUGACCUUCCCAGCCCGCAGCAAUCAUGACAGAAUAAGGCAGGAAGACCUUCGUAAACUUGUGACUUAUUUGGCCAGCGUGCCAAGCGAAGAUGUUUGCAAACGAGGAUUCACUGUUAUUAUUGAUAUGCGGGGAUCUAAAUGGGAUUUGAUCAAGCCUCUCCUAAAAACCCUUCAAGAAGCCUUUCCUGCUGAGAUUCAUGUUGCCCUGAUUAUAAAACCUGAUAAUUUUUGGCAGAAGCAGAAAACAAACUUCGGCAGUUCCAAGUUCAUCUUUGAGACAAGUAUGGUGUCUGUGGAAGGCCUGGCAAAGCUUGUGGAUCCUUCUCAACUGACGGAUGAGUUCGAAGGGUCCUUGGAUUACAACCAUGAUGAAUGGAUAGAGCUGCGUGUCUCCUUGGAAGAGUUUUUCAACAGUGCCAUCCAUUUAUUGUCAAGGCUGGAGGAUCUCCAGGAAAUGUUGGCUAGGAAGGAGUUUCCAGUUGAUGUUGAGGGCUCAAGAAGGCUGAUUGAUGAGCACACACAGCUUAAGAAAAAAGUGAUUAAAGCUCCUGUGGAAGAACUGGAUCGUGAGGGCCAGAGGUUAUUACAAUGCAUAAGAUCUAGUGAUGGUUUUUCUGGUAGGAACUGCAUUCCUGGAAGUGCAGAUUUUCAAAGUCUUGUGCCAAAGAUCACCAGCCUUUUAGACAAGCUGCAUUCCACCCGGCAACACUUGCAUCAGAUGUGGCAUGUCCGCAAGUUGAAGCUGGACCAGUGCUUUCAACUCCGGCUUUUUGAGCAAGAUGCUGAGAAGAUGUUUGACUGGAUCAGCCACAACAAAGAGUUGUUCCUGCAGAGUCACACAGAGAUCGGUGUGAGCUACCAGCACGCCCUGGACCUGCAGACACAGCACAACCACUUUGCCAUGAAUUCCAUGAAUGCCUACGUCAACAUCAAUCGAAUCAUGUCUGUGGCGUCAAGGCUCUCCGAGGCAGGCCACUAUGCUUCCCAGCAGAUCAAACAAAUAUCCAGCCAGCUGGAUCAAGAGUGGAAGAGUUUUGCUGCAGCUCUGGAUGAGCGCAGCACCAUCUUAGCCAUGUCUGCUGUCUUUCACCAGAAAGCUGAACAGUUCCUUUCGGGUGUGGAUGCCUGGUGCAAAAUGUGCAGUGAUGGAGGCCUCCCCUCAGAAAUGCAAGACCUGGAACUGGCCAUCCACCAUCACCAGACCCUCUAUGAGCAAGUAACACAGGCCUACACAGAGGUGAGCCAGGAUGGAAAAGCCUUGUUGGAUGUCCUACAGCGUCCCUUGAGUCCUGGGAAUUCUGAAUCCCUUACUGCUACUGCAAACUACUCCAAAGCUGUUCACCAGGUGUUGGAUGUGGUACAUGAAGUCCUGCACCACCAGCGGCGCCUAGAAAGCAUCUGGCAACACAGAAAAGUCCGGCUACAUCAAAGGCUGCAGCUCUGUGUUUUCCAGCAGGAUGUUCAACAGGUACUGGACUGGAUUGAAAAUCACGGGGAAGCCUUUCUGAGCAAACACACAGGAGUGGGGAAGUCUCUACACAGAGCACGUGCACUGCAGAAAAGACAUGAUGAUUUUGAAGAGGUAGCACAGAAUACGUACACCAAUGCAGACAAGCUCCUGGAGGCUGCAGAGCAGUUGGCUCAGACCGGGGAAUGUGACCCUGAAGAGAUCUAUAAAGCAGCCCGGCAUCUGGAAGUUCGGAUUCAGGACUUUGUCCGGAGGGUGGAACAGAGGAAACUUCUCUUGGACAUGUCAGUCUCCUUCCACACCCACACCAAAGAGCUGUGGACAUGGAUGGAAGAUCUGCAGAAGGAGCUCUUAGAGGAUGUCUGUGCUGACUCUGUGGAUGCAGUUCAGGAGCUUAUCAAGCAGUUUCAGCAGCAGCAAACAGCCACCCUGGAUGCUACCCUCAAUGUUAUUAAAGAAGGGGAAGAUCUAAUCCAGCAGCUCAGGGACUCUGCCGUUUCCAACAACAAGACCCCCCACAACAGCUCCAUCAGCCACAUCGAAUCCGUCCUUCAGCAGCUCGACGAGGCCCAGGUACAGAUGGAAGAGCUCUUCCAUGAGAGGAAGAUUAAGCUAGACAUUUUCCUUCAGCUCCGGAUUUUUGAGCAGUACACCAUUGAGGUUACAGCAGAGUUGGAUGCUUGGAAUGAAGAUCUGCUGAGGCAGAUGAAUGAUUUCAAUACUGAGGAUCUCACUCUGGCUGAGCAGCGAUUGCAGCGUCACACUGAGCGGAAACUGGCCAUGAACAACAUGACCUUUGAAGUCAUCCAGCAAGGGCAAGACUUGCACCAAUACAUCAUGGAGGUCCAGGCUUCAGGCAUUGAGCUGAUCUGUGAAAAAGACAUUGAUCUUGCGACACAGGUUCAAGAACUGCUGGAAUUCCUUCAUGAGAAACAGCAUGAGCUGGAGCUUAAUGCUGACCAAACUCACAAGAGGUUAGAGCAGUGCCUACAGCUCCGGCACCUCCAGGCUGAGGUCAAGCAGGUGCUUGGCUGGAUCAGGAAUGGGGAGUCAAUGCUCAAUGCGAGCCUUGUCAAUGCCAGCUCUCUCUCGGAGGCUGAGCAGCUCCAGCGAGAGCACGAGCAGUUCCAGCUGGCAAUAGAGUCCCUCUUUCAUGCCACUUCCUUACAGAAGACACACCAGAGUGCCCUGCAGGUCCAGCAGAAGGCCGAAGUGUUGCUGCAGGCUGGACAUUACGAUGCCGAUGCCAUCAGAGAAUGUGCCGAGAAGGUGGCCCUGCACUGGCAGCAGUUGAUGCUGAAGAUGGAGGACAGGCUCAAACUUGUCAAUGCCUCGGUGGCCUUUUAUAAAACCUCUGAGCAGGUGUGCAGCGUGUUAGAGAGUUUGGAGCAGGAAUACAGACGGGAUGAAGACUGGUGUGGAGGCCGAGAUAAACUUGGACCAGCAGCUGAGAUAGACCAUGUCAUCCCUCUGAUCAGCAAACAUCUGGAACAGAAGGAGGCUUUUCUCAAGGCCUGUACCCUGGCCCGGAGGAACGCCGAGGUGUUCCUCAAGUACAUCCACAGGAACAACGUCAGCAUGCCUGGAGUGGCGAGCCACACCAGAGGGCCCGAGCAGCAGGUCAAAGCCAUUCUGAGCGAGCUGUUGCAGAGGGAGAAUCGGGUCCUUCACUUCUGGACCCUGAAGAAGCGGAGAUUAGAUCAGUGCCAGCAAUAUGUUGUCUUUGAGCGCAGUGCCAAGCAGGCCUUAGACUGGAUCCAAGAAACAGGCGAAUAUUACCUCUCUACUCACAACUCCACAGGGGAAUCAGCAGAAGAAACUCAGGAGCUCCUGAAGGAAUAUGGGGAAUUCAGAGUACCUGCCAAACAAACAAAGGAGAAAGUGAAGCUCCUCAUCCAGCUGGCUGACAGCUUUGUAGAGAAAGGACACAUACACGCCACUGAAAUUAGGAAGUGGGUCACCACCGUUGACAAACGCUACCGGGACUUCUCUCUCAGGAUGGGGAAAUACCGCUACUCCCUGGAAAAAGCCCUUGGAAUCAACCCAGAGGAUAACAAAGACCUAGAACUAGAUAUCAUUCCAGCAAGUCUUUCAGACCGGGAGGUAAAGCUGAGAGAUGCAAAUCAUGAAGUCAAUGAAGAAAAAAGGAAGUCAGCCAGAAAGAAAGAAUUCAUUAUGGCUGAGCUGCUGCAGACAGAAAAAGCUUAUGUCAGGGAUUUACAUGAAUGUUUAGAGACUUACCUCUGGGAAAUGACGAGUGGAGUGGAAGAAAUACCAGCUGGGAUCCUUAAUAAAGAACACAUCAUCUUUGGCAAUAUUCAGGAGAUAUAUGACUUCCAUAACAACAUUUUCCUAAAGGAGCUGGAGAAAUAUGAACAACUGCCCGAGGAUGUGGGCCACUGCUUUGUCACCUGGGCAGAUAAAUUUCAGAUGUAUGUCACCUACUGCAAAAACAAGCCUGAUUCCAGCCAGCUCAUCCUGGAACAUGCAGGGACUUUCUUUGAUGAAAUUCAACAAAGACAUGGGCUGGCCAACUCCAUCUCUUCUUAUUUAAUCAAGCCUGUUCAGAGGAUCACAAAAUACCAACUCCUACUGAAGGAACUACUGACCUGCUGUGAGGAGGGUAAAGGGGAACUGAAGGAUGGUCUGGAAGUGAUGCUCAGUGUCCCAAAGAAGGCCAACGAUGCGAUGCACGUCAGCAUGCUGGAAGGGUUUGAUGAGAACCUGGACGUCCAGGGAGAGCUGAUUCUUCAGGAUUCCUUCCAAGUGUGGGAUCCCAAGUCUCUCAUUCGGAAAGGCCGUGAGAGGCAUUUGUUUCUCUUUGAAAUCUCUUUGGUGUUUAGCAAAGAGAUCAAAGAUUCUUCAGGACACACAAAAUAUGUUUACAAGAACAAGUUACUGACCUCAGAACUGGGAGUGACUGAACAUGUUGAAGGAGAUCCCUGCAAAUUUGCUUUGUGGUCUGGACGAACACCAUCCUCAGACAAUAAAACAGUGCUGAAAGCAUCCAGUAUUGAAACAAAACAGGAAUGGAUCAAAAAUAUCCGGGAAGUUAUUCAGGAAAGGAUCAUUCAUCUGAAAGGAGCUCUGAAAGAGCCAAUUCAGCUCCCCAAGACACCUGCAAAGCAGCGAAACAACAGUAGAAGAGAUGGAAUAGAUGAUGCAGACAGCCAAGGGGAUGGCAGCAGUCAACCUGACACCAUUUCCAUUGCCUCCAGGACAUCACAGAACACAGUGGACAGUGAUAAGCAUUUCGUCUACGGCAGAGACACAGGACAGUUGUCUGGAGGGUGUGAACUAACUGUGGUGCUCCAGGACUUUACAGCGAGCCACAGCAGCGAGCUGAGCAUUCAGGUGGGGCAGACAGUGGAGCUGCUGGAGAGGCCGAGCGAGAGGCCAGGCUGGUGUUUGGUCAGGACCACGGAGCGGAGCCCACCUCAGGAGGGUCUGGUCCCCAGCAGCGCUCUCUGCAUUUCCCAUUCCCGCAGCAGCGUGGAGAUGGAUUGCUUCUUCCCUUCAGGAAAAGACGCGUAUUCAGUCUCUUCCAAUGACAACGGGGGCAAGUCUGACUCAGUGGCCAACUUACAACCUCAGCCAUCCCUCAACUCCAUCCAGAGCUCUCCGGGCCCCAAGCGCUCGACCAACACCCUGAAGAAAUGGCUGACCAGUCCCGUGCGCCGCCUGAACAGCGGCAAGACCGAGAGCCACAUCAAGAAACAGAAGAAGGUGCGAGAUGGAAGGAAGAGCUUUGAUCUCGGCUCACCAAAGACUGGAGAUGAAACCACUCCUCAAGGAGACAGCGCAGAUGAGAAGAGCAAGAAGGGCUGGGGAGAAGAUGAGCCAGAUGAAGAGUCUCACACACCUCUUCCACCUCCUAUGAAGAUUUUUGACAAUGAUCCAACCCAAGAUGAUAUGACCCUUGAAGGAGGAUCUUACCGAGGAGGCUUAAAAGAUGCCACUGGCUGCUUAAAUGAAGGAAUGACACCUUCAACUCCCCCACGAAACCUGGAAGAGGAGCAAAAAGCCAAAGCAAUGAGAGGCAGGAUGUUUGUCUUAAAUGAGCUGGUGCAGACUGAAAAGGACUACGUCAAAGACUUGGGAACUGUUGUGGAGGGCUUCAUGAAGAGGAUGGAAGAAAAAGGAGUUUCUGAAGAUAUGAAAGGGAAAGACAAGAUUGUGUUUGGCAAUAUUCACCAGAUCUAUGACUGGCACAAAGACUUUUUCCUGGCUGAACUGGAAAAAUGUCUUCAAGAACCUGAGCGUUUAGCACAGCUUUUUAUUAAGCAUGAGCGGCGAUUGCACAUGUACGUGGUGUAUUGCCAAAACAAGCCCCGGUCUGAGUAUAUAGUAGCUGAGUAUGAGACGUACUUUGAGGAGGUUCAGCAGGAAAUAAGCCAGCGGCUGACCAUCAGUGACUUUCUGAUUAAACCCAUUCAAAGAAUAACUAAAUACCAGCUUCUUCUCAAGGACUUCCUGAGGUACAGUGAAAAAGCUGGUCUGGAGUGCUCCGAGAUAGAGAAAGCAGUUGAAUUAAUGUGCCUUGUACCAAAACGUUGCAAUGACAUGAUGAACCUGGGUCGCCUCCAAGGCUUUGAGGGCAAACUGACAGCUCAAGGCAAGCUGCUGCAGCAGGACACCUUCUACGUGACAGAGCAGGAUUCCGGGGUUCAGUCUCGACCCAAGGAGCGCAGGGUGUUUCUCUUUGAGCAAAUAGUUAUCUUCAGUGAACUCCUUAGAAAAGGAUCUCUAACGCCAGGCUACAUGUUCAAGAAAAGCAUAAAGAUGAACUACCUUAUCAUUGAAGAAAAUGUGGACAAUGAUCCCUGCAAGUUUGCUCUAAUGAGCCGGGAAACAUCAGAGAGAGUCAUUUUGCAGGCAGCUAAUCCAGAAAUUCAACAAGCUUGGGUACAGGACAUCAACCAGGUCCUGGACACACAACGAGAUUUCCUCAACGCACUGCAGUCGCCCAUCGAGUACCAACGCAAGGAGAGCAGCUCGGCGGUGCUGCGGCCCCAGGCUGGCAGGGUCCCUCAGCCCAACACCAGGCCCCAUUCUUCUAUUCCAGUAGGGUCUGAGAAGCCUUUGAAGGCUACAAGCCGUAACCCAUCUCUCCCACCCCUGAAGAUAUCUACCUCCAAUGGCAGCACAGGGUAUGAGCACUCACAGCCCGGAGACAAGUAUGAACAAAGCAAGACUGAUUUGGGAGGGUGCAAUGGGACCUCUUCCAUGGUGGUGAUUAAAGAUUACUAUGCACUGAAGGAGGAUGAGAUCUCUGUGAAUCAAGGAGAGGUGGUUCAGAUCCUUGCUAUCAACCAGCAGAACAUGUUCCUGGUGUACCAGCCCGCAAAUGACCACUCUCCAGCCGCUGAAGGAUGGAUCCCUGGCAGUAUCUUGGCUCCCCUCCCUAAAUCCACUACAGAUAGUAGCGAUGGAAGCAUCAAGAAGUCAUGUUCAUGGCAUACCCUGCGCAUGAGAAAGCGGGCGGAAAAGGAGAGCAGUGGCAAAAAUGAAGCCAAUGGGCCACGUAAAUCCAAGGAUAUUCUGGGGAACAAAGUCUCUGUUAAAGAGACAAACAGCUCAGAGGAAUCAGAGUGUGAUGACCUUGACCCCAAUACUAGUAUGGAGAUAAUCAACCCCAAUUUCAUCCAAGAAGUGGCUCCGGAGUUUCUUGUGCCAUUAGUGGACAUCACCUGUCUGCUGGGGGACACAGUGAUGCUGCAGUGCAAAGUCUGUGGGCGACCCAAACCAACUAUAACCUGGAAAGGACCAGACCAAAACAUUCUGGACAAUGACAACAGCACAGCCACUUACACAGUGUCAUCCUGUGACUCAGGAGAGCUCACCUUGAAGAUCUGCAACCUGAUGCCUCAGGACAGCGGCAUCUACACCUGUGUGGCAACCAAUGAACAUGGAACGGCAUCAACCUCUGCAACCAUCAAAGUCCAAGGUGUGCCAGCUGCCCCAAACCGCCCCAUUGCUCAGGAGAGAAGCUGCACCUCUGUGAUCCUACGCUGGCUACCCCCAACCAGUACAGGCAAUUGCACCAUUUCAGGCUACACUGUGGAGUACAGAGAAGAAGGCUCACAGGUCUGGCAGCAAUCAGUAGCCUCAACUUUGGACACGUACCUCGUCAUUGAGGACCUGUCCCCAGGCUGCCAGUACCAGUUCCGAGUGAGUGCCAGCAAUCCCUGGGGGAUCAGCUUGCCCAGCGACCCGUCCGAGUUUGUGAGGCUCCCCGAGUACGAUUCUGCUGCUGAUGGUGCCACUGUUUCAUGGAAGGAAAACUUUGACCUUGCCUAUGCAGAGCUGCAUGAGAUUGGGAGGGGUCGAUUCUCCAUAGUAAAGAAAUGUGUCCACAAAGCCACCCGGAAAGAUGUUGCUGUAAAAUUCAUUAGUAAAAAAAUGAAAAAGAAAGAGCAGGCAGCACAUGAAGCAGCUUUGUUACAACACUUACAGCAUCCUCAGUACAUCACUAUCCAUGAUACCUACGAGUCUCCAACUUCUUACAUCUUAGUUUUGGAACUGAUGGAUGAUGGUCGUCUCUUAGAUUAUCUGAUGAACCACGAUGAACUUAUGGAGGAAAAGGUGGCGUUCUAUAUAAGAGACACAAUGGAAGCCUUGCAGUACCUCCACAACUGCAGAGUGGCUCACUUGGACAUAAAGCCAGAAAAUCUGCUCAUUGAUUUAAGAAUCCCAGUGCCUCGUGUCAAGAUCAUUGAUUUGGAAGAUGCAGUCCAGAUCACAGGUCAUUACCAUGUCCACCACCUCCUUGGAAACCCGGAGUUCGCAGCCCCUGAAGUUAUCCAAGGCCUUCCCGUGUCCCUGAGCACAGAUAUCUGGAGCAUCGGGGUCCUCACCUACGUCAUGUUAAGUGGUGUCUCUCCAUUCCUGGAUGAAAGCAAAGAGGAGACUUGCAUCAAUGUGUGCAGAGUGGAUUUCAGCUUCCCGCACGAGUACUUCUCCGAUGUGAGUCACGCCGCCAGGGACUUCAUCAACGUUAUCCUCCAGGAAGACUUCAGGAGAAGGCCGACAGCAGCCACUUGUUUACAGCAUCCGUGGCUGCAGCCGCACAAUGGCAGCUAUUCCAAGAUCCCACUGGAUACCUCCCGCUUGGCUUCCUUCAUCGAGCGCCGCAGGCACCAGUACGACGUGCACCCGGUCCCCAGCGUCAAGAGCUUCCUGUUGAGCAGGAUGAAGCCGGGCACGUAGUGCCUCCAUCCACGGGAUCCCACGCUGCCGGUCCCGAGCCGGGAGCGCCGCCGGGAGCGCGCGGAUCCGUCUGUACAUAUCCCAUGUUCGGUGUUUGCGUUCCACCACUGCAGGGGGCAGUCACUGCGGACCUGGCAAUCGGACCAAGGCAAAGGUGGUGACAGCAGCGGGGACACGCUCCGUCUCUUGGGGCACCUGGUAUUGGCACAUCCACCAGCAAAAAGGGACUGCAGCAAGCAAACACCUACUGGGAAUGAGAGCCAAAAUUGCAGUUGCCUUAAUCUUUGUGAGGCAGCCUUAUAAGAAAUCCUCUUGAUCUUGCUGAGCUGAAUUUAAAAUGUACAAAAGAAUAGGAAUAGGAUGGGGGGGAGGGGGGUUGGGAGUGAGACCAGGCUGACCUUAGCAUGUACUGCAGAACUGGACUGGUCAGUUUUUGCUGAAAUCAUUGCAAGCCUGCUCCAGAUUAUCAGUCAGAUUUCUCAUGCCCCAUAUGCCCAGAUCUGCCAUGAUUUCAGUGGGGACUUUGCCUGCAUAGGACAUGCAAGAUCAGGCUCCAGUCACUGCUGGAUCAGCUCUCAUGGUGGCGUGGCUUAGGUACACUCAUGUUGCAUGGUAGUGCUCAGACCAAAAUCCUCCAUUAAGCCCCUCCUUGGGCUUUCUGCUGUGUUAAGUCAAUGUGCAGCACCUUUUGGAGCUACGAUUAAGGCAAUGAAUUCAUUGGAGCAUGCAGCUGGUUCUGAUUAAGCACAAUGGGACUACGGUGGGUUUUUUAAAAGCAUUUUAUACACAUUGUACAGAAAUCUUUUGCAAAACCUGUGCAUUGAGAAAAGGCAAAGUCCAAUUUUUGCAGUAUCUGUAAACUAGAUGAUGAUGGUGAUGAAGACAAUUUUUUCUAUCACAGGUUUUCAGUAUACAUAUAUUGUAUCAUAGAUAUAAAUAUAUAUAAAUAUAAAGGAUCCUGUUCCAUUUCUAGCUUCGGAAUUGCUUGGCCCAAAGUCCAUCUAAACCUUUCUGAGUGCAGUAGGAGUGGUGAGUUCAUUCUUGCGCUUACAGCUUGAAAAUUGUUUUCAGUGUUUGAAGUAUGUCAUUUGUUUCAUUUCCAAACUUGUAAAUAACUUCAGCCACCAUUAGUACCUCAUAACCAAAGCAUUCAUGAGGAUAUUUUUAUGUCCAAAGCCUAAUUUGUAAUAAAAAAAAAAAAUAUUCACAAUUGAAACAUUUCUCUCUUGCAAGCCAAGUUGCAACAUCAUCAUAUUGAUGUUAGAGUGAUGGAACCAGCCUUAGGUAUAACCAACAUAGGGAGUCUGCAGUGACAAAUCAGCAGUUUGUAGGUUGGCCAGUUCUUCCUUUCCAGAAAUGGGACUGGAAGGGGAAACCAGCUGGGGCUUCCCCAUCCUACUGCCACACCACAAAGCUCUACAGCCUUGAGGGGUUAUGAUCAGAGAUUUUUUUUCCCCUGGCAUGUGGGGACUUUGUCUCGGUGCUGAGUACCAUUUGUGUGCCUGUAAUGGGAAAUGGCAGUUGUUACCGAAGGUUUUCCUAAGGAAAAGGGCUUGAUCUGACUGCCUGUGCUCAUACAGACUUUCUUGUAAGGGAGAGAGUCACAUCUCAUUUACCAUCUGAGUAACUGCACUGUGAGCCUGCAGGAGCAAGUGCUGUCUCUGCCAGCAGGUGGUGGAGAUGCCCUGCAAGGACUAUUAAAUUCUCAGGGCUCUGAUAGCCCUUUUUUGAUCCACCUUCAAGCUCCCUUUCACAGCAAGGAGGAGACCUGGCCCUUCUCUUUGUGCUUGCUCUAUCACUACACCAGAGUGGUCAGUAUUUUGUUAGUGGAGAAGAGGCACAGCAAAAACCCUCAGCACUCAGCACUGAGUGUGUGCAACAAAGAACAGCCCGUGAGAUUGGGAAACCACAGGCAGAAGUGAGCCCUGGUGUCUCAGCAGAGUCAAAAGCAGUUCUGUGAGAGAACUAAUGCAGGGAGGGUGUGGAAAGGUUUGAAAGAGACAAGUGUUCACAGAAGAUUAAGCUUUUUGAAUCAUCUAGAACCUAUCUCAGUUCCUCUCUAAAGCAGCAGCUGAUUUUCUAAGCAAUCCAGCAGCACCCCUUAGAUAAAAACCAGACUCAUCCUGAACAACAGUGCAAAAUAUGCAAUUUCUUAGCAACUGAAUACAGACAGCAGUCAAGGGGGAGUCUCUAAUUACCACCAGCCUCAGGUACUUUCUCACUACAAGACUGUCUGUAAUUCUUCCUAUUUGUCAAAGCUGAUUCUUUGUGCUGCAAUUGUGCUGCCCUUAAAAAUGUUCAUGGAAGUGUGGUCUGUAAAACCCACAGCUUUUAUUAGGCCAAUGGGUACAGUUUAAGCCACAGGCUUUCUGCUUGGCCUUAAUACAAACAAAUUCUCAUGUGUCACAUGAAAUUUGGAAUUAUUUAGCAUUUUGUUUUCCUACAUCCCACAUUCAUAUGUCGAACUACAGCAGCAGACACUUUGGAUGCACAGGGGGAAAAAGCUGGACUGUUUAGUAUAAUAUUUAAGCUUCUCAUUGCUAUCAAAUAACAGAAAAGAAAACUCAAAAGGCUGAAAGAGAGAGGAUAUAUGAUUAGGUAUUGGUGCUCAGAUUCAAAAAAGACUCCUUGUUGAGAGAGCUGGAGGGGCUGAAAUCUGAAGAUGUUGAAUGUUCUGGGGUUCUUUUGUGGUUUUUUUUUUUUUCCCAUAUUUGUGUUAGAACACCUCUUCCUGGACUCCAUUCUUCUUACAGUCUAUUCAGGAAUACUUGAACCAGUCAGAACUUCCAUAUAACAUUUGUGAUUAUCAACUGUUCUUGCUUUUGCCUGAAUAAUAACAAGUUGGCAUGCGAUGCUGCCAUAUGAUAAAUGCAGAGGAAGUGUCCUGACUUUGCUCUUUCAAAGUCUUUUUAAGCUGACUUGUGGUGCCUCUGCAGAUACAAUAGGUCCUGUAACUGUUGAAAACUGUAAGGCCAUUGUAAAGAGAUUUCAGAAGCUCAGUAAGCAGGCCUGGAGUGCACCCGCUGGGUGAGAAGCACCACAGCCAACCCCCUGUGUAGCAUUCUCCAGUGAGUGGAUUUUUUGGUGCAUGAAAUAUUGUCUGUAACAAACACAGUUUCUCAGUGAGACUCCCCAGAGAAUAUCUGACCUGAGGGGAAGAUUCCACCUGCAGCUGUGUACCACUCAGGAUGUUCCCAAGACAGCUUGAGGGCAUGGUGGUAGCUGCACCCUUUAGCUUCUCCAGCAGCUUCCAGCCAUCCAGGAUGAACAACAGGAAUACUGACAACAGUGCACCACAAGCUCUGUGUGCAGUGGCACUGUGCACACAGCCACCACCCUCAGGCAUCUCCACAGUGCUCUGACCCUGCUCUGACAUCAAAGUGUGGCUCACAGUGUCCCCAGGUGCUGGGUGGCAGGGGGGCAAAGGUGCUGGUGACACAGAGCCCAGAGAACACAGUGACAUGGGCUCUCCUUAUUUAAGACGGCUUCAUUUAAUGAGUGUGCAAUGAGAAAUUAACUCGCCUCUCUCUCUGUUCUGCUUGCAGCAGCCAGGCCAGGGCAGGAAUUCUGCUGGCCAGUGUAAACUGUCAGCCCCCAUCAGGUGUUGGGACACUUGCUGCCCUGUGGGAGGCCCCAGCUACCCCCAAGCUGCCAAGUCCGCUGUGUCUGGUACUACAGGGAUGAUACACAGCUACUCCAGCGUUGUAGACUUUAGUAUUUUAAAGCAAUCCAGGCUUUGAAAUUUAUAAAAUGUCUCUCUCUUCUCCAUGAUAUCAACAACUUUCAUUUAGUCUUACUGCCCUUUCUUUUUAAAAGACUAUGGAUUGGGUUUUUUAAGUAACAUGUAUCUUUUUACUUCUAAGUUAAUGCUGUGACAAAGUCCGUGCCCUCAACUGACCCCUGAGGCUGUGGCUUCAGUGGAGUUCCUUAACAUUUCUGACAAUGCCAUUAGGCCUUUGCUACAAAUACUGUGUAUAAAGGCUGAAUGCAGAACCACACGUUAUAACCUGACUACAUAUAACCCUAUUUUAAUGGCCUUGCAAUGACACUUACUGUGUCAAGUAACCUAGGAUAAUACAAGUUUCAGAGACAGAUGUGCACAUAAAGGUCUAACACAAAAUUUACAUGCACAGGGGCUCACCACCUUUUUUUAUUCUUUUUCCUUCCACAGCAGAGGUGGAUUCUCCUCUAACACAGGGCUUGGGUUUAUUUUCAAGCUCAUUCACUCGUGUCCCAUCAGAAAAUGGUGCUUUCCCAAGGAAACAAAAUCAAAUCCCAUUUUACUAGGCUGACUGCACACUGCCAUCAAGUGAUGUACUCUUGUUCUGGGAUCUGUAUAGUGCUGAGUGUUUCCAUAGCGUCAGGAUGCUGAAUGUUUGCUGUUUGUAGUCUUUAUUAUGGAGCUAGUGAAAAACCAACAUCUUCUCUACUCAAGCCAUAUUUCACUUUCAUGUCCAACUUCUGAUGCUGGUGCUUUUACUUCUCUUUCUACCAAACUGUUCAACACUGCUCUGCCACUGAGGUCAAUUUGCUGAUAACUUUUGGAAAGCAAAUGCAAUAGCAAGUGAAAAAAAAAAAAAUAAAAUCAAUCUCAGACUUAUUCACCGA